AUGAGGCCAUCUACGCUAAAUCACUUUGAUUUAACACCCGGAAAACCCACAACACAUCAAUCUCCUAUGGCCCCGCACCGAGUUCUCUACAAUGCUUUAUGUAGAGUUGGCGAUAAGGUGGUCUAUCCAAUUCUGCCAUCUUUCGCGAAACCCGCGUGGAACCAUCCAGCGGGGCCUAAAACUGUAUUUUUCUGGGCGCCAACCAUCAAAUGGGCUUUGGUGGCAGCAGGCUUGGCCGAUCUUGCUAGACCCGCUCAUAAGCUUUCACCAGCUCAGAACGCUGCAUUUUGCUCCGAAUUGCACACUACAGAUAUAAAAAUCCAAAUUGGAAGCACGAGCAUCAUCACUGAUGACAACAUUCGUCGUGAUUCCCGAUACCUCGUUUCUAGAGACCUGCCUGGCAUUUGCAACUCGAUGUACAACGGAAACCGCUACCUCCGAUUAUUAUUGCUCGUAUAUUUCUAUAUAUUGCAUGCAUCAUCGAGUGAUAAAAAUGUCCUCUCAACUCGAAUUCUUGUAGUCUGCGACGCAAUAGCCGAGGGAGUCGUGGCAGCAAUUCUUCCAUUGUCGGAAGGGUCCGAUUACGCUUACGCUGCGGCUGCUUUCGUUGAGAGUGUGGCUAGGACUGCGAAUAUUCCCACAGUUCGCUUCGAUGAACCCACCAUGGCAGGACCAAGGCAUGCGAUCUCUCUGAUUACGCCGUUUUCAGCACGUUGUGAUGCUGUCACGACAUUUAUCAGAAGGGAAGGUUGGGAGGAUGUGGUGUUACUGUAUCACACUGAAGACGAAUUCAUUGAUCUUACUCGCAUUAUUUCUGCAAGUAAUUUUGGCAGACCUUUCCGUUGCCAUUUGGUCAAAAUGGGUACUGAUCCUCGUCCAGCUUUAAAGCAUGUGAAGAACAAGUACGCUAAUCCUCGAUUUGUGGUGCAUGUGACUCUGACGCAGAUCCAACCUUUACUUAUAGCCGCAGCUGAAUUUGGUUUAUGCGGAACAAUGAAUCAUUAUGUACUUAUGCAUUGGGACGCAUCACUACUUCACAUUACUGACUCCACAGCUACGGAACAGUGCAACAUAACGACAUUUUCCUUGUUUGACAGGGAUGCGAUGAACGCGAAAUACAAGGAUGUAACGCUCCUUGACGCGGUUUGGAAGGACACCCUCACUGUGCUGAAUACAUCAUUAUCAAGUACCUCCUAUAAUAGUCGGCCUCAAUGCGGCACCAGUUGGUCUGAAGGAGACACAAUCAUCGAUAGGAUGUGUAAAGUGAACAUUACUGGAAUCAGUGGAAGAAUAAAUCUAGAUCGUUCUCGGACGCGCUCAAACAUCACAAUACUCAUUUAUAGGAAGAAAGCCAGAAGUUUGCAUAGAUAUGCUGAAUGGGCAAGUUCGUCCAAUAAGAUCACCACCUACUCGGACGGAGAGAAAAGUUUGCUACCAUUGAGUCAACGUGAGACACUUGAGAAUAAGACACUCAAAGUGUCUGUGUAUUUGGAAGCCCCAUUCGUAAUGCAGCGCGAAGACCCAAAAAACGAGCUGGAUGAGAACGACAAGUACGAAGGAUAUUGCAUUGAUCUAUUGCAGAGAAUAGCCGCAUUAUGUAAGUUCAACUAUACUAUACAUGAAGUCAAGGACAAAGCUUACGGCAUUCGCGAAGAAAAUGGCAAAUGGAACGGCAUGGUCGGAGAACUGAUUAAUGGGGAAGCGGACCUUGCAGUCGCCUCGUUGACUAUAAGCUACAGUCGCAGCGAAGUCAUUGAUUUUACCGUACCAUAUAUGCACCUUGGAAUAUCCAUACUAUUUAAGAAGCCACAGAAGACGGAAACAGAUUGGUUUAUGUUUCUCUGGCCUCUUAGUUGGGAAGUAUGGUUGUGUACCUUUGCAUCCUACGUCAUCACAUCGGUUGCGCUGUGGCUUAUUGCUAAAAUCACACCAUUUGAGAAACUGGUACAUAAUAAUGAGACUGGACGUUGGGACAGAGUCGAUAAUCAGUUCAGUUUCCGUAACUCAUGCUGGUUCACGGUUUGCUCGCUGAUGCAGCAAGGAAGUGAGCUGUCUCCUAGAGCUCCAAGUAUGAGAGUUGCGACUGCUGUAUGGUGGUUUUUCACGAUGAUCUUGCUUUCGUCCUAUACUGCCAAUCUAGCAGCUUUUCUUACCACUCAGCGAAUGUUGACCCCUAUCGAAAAUGCGGACGACUUGUCUUCGCAGACGAAAAUCAAGUACGGUACACUUGGACGAGGCUCGACGAUGUCUUUUUUCAAUGAGUCCAAGAUAGAGACUUAUGAGCGAAUGUGGAAGCUGAUGUCUAGUAAUCCUGCUUAUUUCGUUAACUCUUCGAAAGAGGGUAUUGCUCGAGUGAAGAGUUCGGACUAUGCCUAUCUUAUGGAAUCUUCGAUGCUAGAAUAUGCGGUUGAACGCGACUGUGAGCUGAUGCAGAUCGGAGGUUUGCUCGAUCAGAAAGGUUAUGGAAUUGGGUUACCAAAAGGAUCUCCAUUUCGAGAAGAAAUAUCAAGAGCAAUUUUACGACUUCAAGAGAAAACCGUUUUGACGGAACUCAAAGAGAAGUGGUGGAAGGACAAAAAUGUUGUUUGUCCAGCUGUUGUCAAGAAAGGUACCGACGAUGGCGGCAGCAUUGGCGGAAUUUUUAUCAUUUUGGUGAUUGGGCUCGGUGUCACCAUCAUUCUUGUUGUGUGCGAGAUGGCCUCACGACGUGACGUCGUUACAAACGAUAAACAGUCUCCACCUCGCGGGAUAUGGUAUCAGUUGUGGCAUUCGUUAUGUGUGAUCCGAAGUUCGGAUCAUACACUGAAAAGGAAAAUUGACAAUCUCAUCGUUUAUCAGCAAGGCCGCCCUACGUAUCAGUACAAAAAUGCUUAUAUUAAAGGAAUUGACAGAAUUGAAUGCAAGGAAGAAAGUCCUGCUCAGGAAAGAUUGGAGAAAGAUGUAGACGAUGUUCGCAAAAGCCCAGGCGCGGAUGACAAAAUCAAAGCGGAUGAUUCGGUCGCAGAUGUCACAAGUCCACAGUUGAAAUAGUUUUUUUCUAAAUUUGGUUUUUCAAGAAUCUCUCCAUUCUGGUGAUGUUUGGUUUCCUUGUUGCAAAUAAUAGGUUGGCAAAUAUCACAAAUUCUCGCUUUG